AUGGAACAGACCUACACAGUACAGACAUACAUAGAACAGACCUACCUAGAACAGACCUACACAGAACAGACCUACACAGAACAGACCUACACAGAACAGACCUACACAGAACAGACCUACCUAGAACAGACCUACCUAGAACAGACCUACCCAGAACAGACCUACCCAGAACAGACCUACCCAGAACAUACCUACUUAGAACAGACCUACCCAGAACAGACCUACCCAGAACAGACCUACACAGAAAAGACCUACCCAGAACAGACCUACCUAGAACAGACCUACACAGAACAGACCAACACAGAACAGACCUACCUAGAACAGACCUACCUAGAACAGACCUACCUAGAACAGACCUACCCAGAACAGACCGACAUAGAACAGACCUACCCAGAACAGACCUACCCAGAACAGACCUACUUAGAACAGACCUACCCAGAACAGACCUACACAGAACAGACCUACACAGAACAGACCUACCCAGAACAGACCUACACAGAACAGACCUACACAGAACAGACCUACACAGAACAGACCUACCUAGAACAGACCUACCUAGAACAGACCUACCUAGAACAGACCUACAUAGAACAGACCUACCCAGAACAGACCUACUUAGAACAGACCUACCCAGAACAGACCUACCCAGAACAGACCUACACAGAACAGACCUACCCAGAACAGACCUACCUAGAACAGACCUACACAGAACAGACCUACACAGAACAGACCUACCAAGAACAGACCUACAUAGAACAGACCUACACAGAACAGACCUACAUAGAAUAG